UGUGAGUGACAGACCCAGCUAAACAAAGGAAACAAGCAGUUCCCCAAGACGAUGCUCUGUGGUUUAACAACUGUGGUUAUUCUGUCUACAAGUCAGAUAGAACUCAACAGAAGGACUGUAGCGAUGGCGGAGGAGGAGGUCAGCUACGCUUCAGUUGUAUUCAAAACUAACAAGCGUUCCCCACCUGAAGCUAAUAAGGAGGAGGAAACUGUGUACAGUGAUGUGAAGGUGCGAAGCAAAACAACCGAAAAGACUGCUGACACAAACAUCUCAGCAGGACUUUUGCCAGACAAGAAAACAAACAGCAGAGGUCGCUGCUAUCAGCAGGUGGCUUGUUGUUUGGGGAUUCUUUGUGUCAUUUUGCUGUUGGGCAUCAUAGCAGUCUGUGUCUACAUUGUUACAUUAAUUCAUGAAAGUGAGCAGAAUCAGCUGAAAGAAAACCAAACGAUUCUACUGGCUCUCAAUGGAAACCUGACAAACCAGAACAACAAACUCAGCUCAGAAAAUGAAAACCUGAGGAGGGAACACAACAAUCUGACAGUCCAGUUGGAGAACCUGACACAAGCCUAUACUGUCUUAAAAAGUAACAUCACAAACCUGUCUGCAGAAAACCAGAACCUGACAUCACAAAACACCAAGCUGUCUGCAGAAAACCAGAACCUGACAUCACAAAACACCAAGCUGUCUGCAGAAAACCAGAACCUGACAUCACAAAAAAUGAAGCUGGAGACAAAGUGGAAUGAGCUCAACGUCAGUCGAGCUCAGUGGAGCAUUGAUGCCUACUGCCCAAAACCAAAGAACCAAAACAGACAGUGUAAAGCUUGUCAGGAUGGCUGGUUACCCUCCCAGUCCAGCUGCUAUGGGAUUAAUGACCCUGAUGUUUCUGGUCAGAAAACCUGGGAAGAAGCUCGAGAAAACUGCAGAGGAAAGAUUUCAGAUUUGGUUGUUAUAGCUGAUCAAACGGAGAAGACAUUCAUCAGUAAUAACAGUUGGGGCAGUUCAGGAACCAAGGGAUACUGGAUUGGCCUGAGAGCUGAAGAUGGGAAAUGGAAGUGGGUCGAUGGAAGUGUUCUGACUGAAAACUCCUGGAUACAACAACCUGCUACCAACGGUCAGUGUGUAAUUUCUGUCCAGACAGAAGGAUGGAAAUCAGUGAGCUGUGGUGCCAGAAACAGAUGGAUCUGCAAAAAGAAGGCUUUAUCUCUUUAAACACUGCAGUCAUACUUGAGAAGGGUACUGGGGACUAAAAAGUUAAACAUUUUUCAUGCGUGUGCAAAAAAACAGAUCCUCUAAUAUAAGUGUGUUCAGGUUGUUUGGGUAUUCUGCCUCCUUGUCUCAUCCAGUACAGUCCCAAACUGUCCUGUGUCUGUCUAACGGGGAUGCUACCACAUCAACAAAGCAAAAAUGUAUGCCAGUGCACCGCAGAGUACAGGAUAGGUAGAUUUCUGUUAAAAUAUGGCUCAUUAGAUUGAAAGUAUUUUAACUUUAUUUUUAAAAUGCCAGAGGAAAGAUAGGUAGGAGAGAUUUUGAAUGUGCAGAAAGUUUUGAACAUGAACAGAAAACCUGCUGAAACACAGGAACUAAUAAAGUUCAGGGGUUUAUAAAUGAAUUUAAUUAAUUAAUGUAUCGUUGAGAUGAAAACAUGCCACAUGCUAAUUUUUUUAGAGAUUACUUCCCCAAACAAAAGACAGAAAAGAGGAAGGAAGACUAAUUUAAAGCUCUCGCCCUGCUAUAUCUCCUUUUAGUCCCAUACACACCAGCAGUCUGCAGUCUGUUCCACAGUCUCAACUGAAAACUAAAGGGGACAGAGCGUUCGCAGUCAGGGCCCCGAGGCUCUGGAACAGCCUGCCUGAGGAAA